AUGAGGUACGUUGCGACUGUAACCAUACGGCGAGGAUUGUUAGAGCUUGGACUCGUGAAAAUCCCGGGUGGAGAUUCCUUGGGUGUAGAAGACGUCGAGUUGGGGGUGAGUAUGCGAAUUGCAAUUUUUCAGUGGUUUGAUUUAGAAAAAUCACAUGGAUGGCAACACCUGGCUUUACUUGAAGCGAGAGAUAUAAUUUUCGAGCAAAAAGAGGAGUUAGCAAAUCUGAGGAUCCAGCAUCACUUUGAUGUUGCUCUCACUGUUUUGGAGGUCAAUGUUCCGAGUCACGCCCCAUCAACCCAAGAUUAA